GUUUUUCUAUUGGAUAACAUUAACUGUUCCUCCGAUUUCCAAACAAAAUGGCCAACUUUUAUUUGACUAUUGAGUAUUGACUAGAGAUAGCGUUAUCUUAUCUACAUUCAAAUUCUUUCUUUUUGGGCGGGUCAAAAGGAAACAAACACAAACAUCAAAUGGAGAUUAGUAAUGGGCCUAUAACGUUAUAAUAAAGCCCAGUAUGAAAGUUGUCGGAGGAGAACAAAGUAUCGACGCCGGUCAAAGGCGUUACGACGUCGUAAUAAACACCAGAGACCUUUGUUUCUCAACGGAAGGAGGGAAGCUCUUUUUGCUCUUAGAUCUUCCCUCUCAUCCGGAUCAAGCUUCAAAAUUUGUAUGCUUUAUUCGAUUUAAUGUCUUUGAUACACUUGUUCUUGUUGUUGGGUCUGCUGAGCCUUGAAGCUGCGGCGUCGUUUUCACCGGGAUCGCGCUCGAUUCUCCGGGACAUCGGCAGUAACGUCGCCGAUCAGAAAGACAACGCUAUCGAAUUGAACGCUACCAACUUUGAUUCAGUUUUCCAAGAUUCCCCCGCCAAAUAUGCCGUUUUAGAGUUCUUCGCUCACUGGUGCCCUGCAUGUAGAAACUACAAGCCACAUUAUGAAAAAGUUGCAAGGCUAUUCAAUGGAGCAGACGCAGUAUAUCCUGGUGUCGUUUUGAUGACCAGAGUUGAUUGUGCGAUAAAGAUGAAUGUAAAGCUUUGUGACAAGUUCUCUAUCAAUCAUUAUCCAAUGCUCUUUUGGGCUCCUCCUAAAAGGUUCGUUGGUGGCAGCUGGGGACCUAAACAAGAGAAAAAUGAGAUAAGCGUAGUCAAUGAAUGGCGCACUGCUGAUCUUUUGUUGAACUGGAUCAACAAGCAGAUAGGCAGCUCUUACGGCUUAGAUGAUCAGAAAUUAGGAAAUCUUCUGUCAAAUAUAUCUGACCAGGAACAGAUUUCUCAGGCCAUAUUUGACAUUGAGGAGGCAACUGAAGAAGCUUUUGAUAUCAUUUUGGCACAUAAGGCAAUCAAGUCAUCUGAAACCAGUGCUUCGUUUAUUAGGUUUCUGCAGCUUUUAGUGGCACAUCAUCCAUCAAGAAGGUGCCGUACCGGAAGUGCUGAAAUUCUUGUGAAUUUUGAUGAUAUAUGCCCGUCAGGCGAAUGCUCGUAUGACCAGGAAUCUGGAGCGAAAGAUUCCCUUCGAAACUUCCAUAUAUGUGGAAAGGAUGUUCCGCGUGGAUACUACAGGUUUUGCCGUGGCAGCAAAAACGAAACGAGGGGAUUCAGCUGCGGAUUAUGGGUUUUGAUGCAUUCACUUUCCGUGAGGAUUGAGGAUGGAGAAAGUCAGUUUGCAUUCACGGCCAUUUGUGAUUUCAUCAACAACUUCUUCAUGUGUGAUGAUUGCCGUCGGCAUUUUCACGACAUGUGCUUAAGCGUCAAAACUCCAUUUAAAAAGGCACGUGAUAUUGCGCUGUGGCUGUGGAGCACACACAAUAAGGUCAAUGAGAGACUCAAGAAGGACGAAGAUUCUCUGGGAACAGGAGACCCCAAGUUCCCAAAGAUGAUAUGGCCACCAAAGCAGCUUUGCCCGUCGUGUUAUCUUUCGAGCACCGAGAAAAACAUUGACUGGGAUCAUGAUCAAGUCUACAAGUUCUUGAAGAAGUACUAUGGACAGAAACUGGUGUCUGUUUACAAGAAAAAUGGUGAGAGUGUGAGCAAGGAGGAGGUUAUUGCAGCUGCAGAAGAGAUGGCAGUACCGACCAAUGCUCUGGUUGUGCCAGUGGGAGCUGCAUUGGCCAUAGCACUUGCAAGCUGCGCAUUUGGGGCACUAGCCUGCUACUGGAGGACGCAGCAGAAGAACCGGAAGUAUAAUUACAAUCCGCACUAUUUAAAGAGAUAUAAUAGUAAUUAUAUGGUUAUGAACACAUUCAGUAACACUGAAAGUGAAAGGGAAAAGGAGAGAUGAGUUAACUUAAAAAGAAAAAGCUCACAUGGUUUAACAUUCUGAAACUGAGCUUUGUUUUUGUUGUAACUUACAGACAACAGAUACAAAGACGUUGAGGUUGAGAUGCCAAAGUCGCCUGCUUCAGGUCCCUUUCCUCUUCUCCUCUUACGGAUUGUAUAGAUUCUUCUCUUCAAAUUUUUGGAAAAUUCAAUCUAUAUGUUAUACCAAAAUAGCUCCUUUGUGAAGUCCUAUUGAAUCUCUCGCCUUUCAUUAUUGUUACCAUCUUCUUCUGCAGUUUCUAUAUCGACGGCUUUUUAGUCUGUUGGCCACUUUAAUACAUAAAAAGCUUCAUAACUGGUUUUGGUUGGGUUUCUUUGUGGAAUGAGUUU